AUGGACGCGCCUGUUGCUUCGCUGCUUUGGCGCUCGCUCAGGGUGCACCAGGUAUUUGGGGCGAACACGGAGGUUGGCAAGACUGUCUGCACGAGCCUGCUCUGCAAGGUGGCCAAGAAUCUCUGGAGGGAUGAGCAAGUCUCGUUCCUCAAGCCCGUUUCCACCGGUCCGCUGAACGAGGCCGACGACUAUCACAUCCGCCGUUUUGCUGCCGGUGUCGCGCACAAAACACUGUUCCAGUACGACAUACCCGCCAGCCCUCAUAUCGCCGCCCCUGCAUCAGGCAAGCCUGUCCCUUUGGACAACGACAUCCUCCUCCAAUGCCGAGACUAUGCCGCGGAGCGAGCCGCCCAGGGCAAGGGCUGGUUGUUCCUGGAAACAGCCGGCGGUGUCCACUCCCCGAGUCCUUCUGGAAGUACGCAGGGUAACAUGUACAUCCCUCUCCGUGCCCCUGCCGUGCUGGUGGGCGACUCUCGCCUUGGUGGUAUCUCCCAGACCAUUGCGGCCUUUGAGUCGCUUCACAUCCGAGGCUAUGAUGUCGAGGCGGUACUGCUCUUCAGGGACACAAAGUACCAAAACUACCUCUUCCUCAUGGACUACUUUGAAAAGCACCAUGGUGUCCCCGUGACGAGCAUUCCAGAGCCUCCUGCGCGCGCAGACGACGCGGAAAGGGAUGCCGACGCCAUGGCGGCGUACUAUGGAGGGGAGGAAUGCGAAGCUGCUGCGGCGCAGGUACUUGACCUGCUGGACCGCCAUCACGCGGAACGGAUGGAUUCGAUGGAGUCUCUGGCCACCCAAGCGCAACAGCACAUCUGGUAUCCAUUCACGCAGCAGGCAUGUCUCAAGCCGGAGGACAUUAUCACGCUGGACUCGGCCCAUGGAGACUACUUCCAGACCUUGGCACGUCCUUCGGCGCGCACAGAGCCAGACACGGCCAUGCUGAGGUCCUCGUUUGAUGGUUCGGCUUCGUGGUGGACACAAGGUCUUGGCCACGCCAAUCCGCGACUCACCCUCGCCGCCGCCUAUGCGGCUGGCCGCUAUGGACAUGUCAUGUUUGCCGGCUGCAUCCACAAGCCGGCCAUGGCGCUCGCCUCGUCACUCCUCGACGCCAUGGACAACCCCCGCCUCCACCGCGUUUUCUACUCGGACAAUGGCAGCACGGGCACCGAGGUCGCUGUCAAAAUGGGCCUCCGUGCAGCCCGUAUGCGCUACGGCUGGGAUGCCCAGCAGAAGCUCGGCAUACUGGGGCUCAAGGGCGGAUACCACGGAGAUACCAUUGGCGCCAUGGACAUGGCGGAGCCGUGUGCGUUCAAUGAGAAGACGGAAUGGUACGAGGGCAAGGGGUACUGGUUCGACUACCCGACAGUGCUCUGCCGGGACGGAGAUUGGUGCAUUGUCGUGAAUGACAAUCUGGGCGAGGUCAUGACCAAGGGUCGAACGUACGGGUCUCUGGGCGACAUUUUCGACGUCCAAGCCAGAGAAAGACGCGGCGAGCACCGUCAGUACGAAGAGUACAUCGCACAGACGCUGGCUGCUCUCCAAAAAAAGGGUCUCAAGUUUGGGUCCGUCAUUAUCGAGCCAAUCGUUGUUGGUGCUGGAGGCAUGGAGCUCGUUGACCCCUUGUUCCAACGCGCGCUCGUCCAUACCGUACGCAAAUCGCCGCAUCUCUUCACCUCCUCCGCCUCGCCACUCCCCAAAGACGCGCGCGACUGGAGCGGCUUGCCCAUCAUAUUUGACGAGGUGUUCACGGGCCUUUACCGUCUUGGUCGAUUCACGUCGUCCUCGUACCUCGGCGUUCAUCCAGACAUUUCGGUGCACGCCAAGCUGCUCACCGGAGGACUCCUCCCGCUCUGUGCGACAUUGUCUUCCGAACACAUCUUCAACGUCUUUGGCGGCCAGGACAAGUCGGACGCGCUCCUUCAUGGCCACAGCUACACCGCCCAUCCCGUCGGGUGUCAAGUCGCGCUCGAGUCAGUGCGGCAGUUGCGAUCCAUGGAGAAAAACGGGGCCUGGGACUGGGCAAAGUCGCGAGGCUGGCAGACAUCGGACAUGGAGGAGGAGGCUGGCCGUGCCAAUGAACUGGUUUGGGCGUCCUGGCCGCUGGACUUUGUCGAGCGACUAUCUCGCCAGACGCAUCGUAUCGCUGGCGUCUGGGCUUUGGGAAGCGUUCUCGCCAUCCAUGUGAGAGAUGACACCAUUGCCGGCUACAAGAGCAACGCGGCUCAGCAUCUCCGGGAUGCCGUUGCGCAGGGGAGAAGCGGCGGUGCAGGAGGGCCAUGGAACGUCCACUGCCGGGUCCUAGGCAAUGUUUUGUACGUCAUGACCAGCCAGAUGACAACGGGAGAGACCGUGCAGCAAAUUGUACGCUUGGUGGAGGAAAGCUUGACAUAG